CAGACUUGGCCCCCUUCGGUUGUUCAGCACCAGAAAAAAAAAUUGAGGUCCCAUUUUCUGGAGAGAAAAUCUAAAAACUAUUUGCACUUUCAAUUUUUAUAUCCAAAAAGUCAGACGGCCAAGAAUUAAACCUCAGUUACUUGACCUACAAACUGGCGAACUUGGAUCACUAAAGCACUCCUCAAUCUGCUUUGCAGCUUGUUGAAGGGCAUUUUCUUGAAGUCCCUGCCACAUCUCAAAACCUCUUUUCAGCACCUUAUAUCACAAUGGCAGAAUUAGUUUUCCCUCCAGUUGCCGCACCAAUCCUUAAUGGUACAGAUGAAGGACUCAUCAGUCUGGAAUUGAAGGAUGGCACAGUUUAUCAAGGAUACAGUUUUGGUGCGAGGAAGAGUGUUGCAGGAGAAUUGGUUUUCCAGACGGGUAUGGUGGGGUACCCAGAGUCAAUAACUGACCCGUCAUACCGUGGACAAAUCUUGGUCAUUACGUUUCCUUUAGUGGGUAAUUAUGGUGUACCAUCCAGAGAAACAAUGGAUGAACUUCUCAAGGAUCUGCCAGCACAUUUCGAGGCAUCCGAGAUUCACAUUGCAGGUUUGAUUACUGCGUCAUACGCCGGUGAAGAGUUUUCCCACUUCCUCGCAACCUCCUCUUUGGGAACAUGGUUGAAGGAGCAAGGUGUUCCGGCAAUCUAUGGUGUUGACACCAGAGCAUUGACCAAGAGAAUACGAGAAGAAGGUAGCAUGCUUGGACGAAUGUUGUUACAAAAGGAUACACUUACGAAUGGAAAUGGCAACAUCUCUGCUUUAUCUUCAAAGGAUUGGAGAUCAUCGUUUGAAGCGAUUGACUGGGUGGACCCAAAUACCAAGAACCUUGUAGCAGAUGGUGAGUCUCUACUUUGCUAUAGCCCGAAUGGAGGGCUAACAUCAUGCCUUAGUAUCAAUUCGCGAGCCAAAACUAUACAAACCUGAUCCUUCGAAUGCUUUAAAACAUCCUUCUGGUAGACCUAUACGUGUGUUGUGUUUGGACGUUGGAUUGAAAUACAACCAAUUGCGCUGUCUUGUAAAACGUGGCGUGGAGGUUCUCAUUUGCCCAUGGGACUAUGAUUUCCCUACCCUCGCUGGAAAGGAUUAUGAUGGUUUAUUUAUUUCCAAUGGUCCUGGUGAUCCAGCCAUGAUGGAAAAGACUGUCAAGCACAUUCAAUCCGCUUUGAAGGAGAACCGUACACCAAUUUUUGGUAUCUGUCUUGGACAUCAACUUCUUGCCAGAGCUGCUGGAGCUCAAACUGAAAAGAUGAAGUUCGGAAACCGUGGACAUAACAUUCCAUGUACAAAUCUGUUGACUGGAAAAUGCCACAUUACUUCCCAAAAUCAUGGUUAUGCUGUACAAACCAGUUCCUUACCCUCGGAUUGGGAGGAACUUUUUGUCAACGCCAACGAUGGAAGUAAUGAGGGUAUCAGACAUGUCAACAGACCAUAUUUCAGUGUUCAAUUCCAUCCAGAAAGUACUCCUGGUCCUAGGGAUACUGAAUUUCUCUUUGAUGUAUUCAUCAACACAAUUGUCAAGAUUCUUGACGACGAGAAGCUUCUUUCCGCGCCAGUUGUUUUCCCAGGUGGUGAAAUAGCUGAAAACGAAAAGCUCACUCCAAAAGUCAAUGUUAAGAAAGUCCUUGUUUUGGGUAGUGGUGGUCUUAGUAUUGGUCAAGCAGGAGAAUUCGACUACUCUGGAAGUCAAGCUAUCAAGGCUCUCAAAGAAGAAGGGAUUUACACCAUUUUGAUCAAUCCUAACAUCGCUACAAUUCAAACUUCCAAAGGAUUGGCUGACAAGGUUUAUUUCCUUCCUGUCACUGCUGAGUUCGUUCGCAAGGUCAUCAUUUAUGAGAAACCCGAUGCGAUUUACGUCACAUUUGGUGGUCAGACCGCUUUACAAGUUGGUAUUCAACUCAAGGAUGAAUUUGAAGGUCUCGGAGGUAAGCAAAUCUGAUCUUUAUUUCACACCUUUUCAAUGUCCCACUCUGUUUGAAUAUCCAUCUCCCUGGAUAUUCACCUCCAGUUGGGAUUUUCAUUUCGUGCAUCGUCCCUAAUUUUCCCCUGUCACAACCUUCUUGGAUAAGCAAUUACUAACUCUGGUGUUUUAGUGAGUUAUAGUUUUUAUUUCCCUUUUUGCCUUUUUCUCUCCCACUUCUCGUCCCAGCACCCUUAGAUGAGGACACUAUCUAGAACCGCGGACCCUCGUUUUGGAUCCCAUUUUGAUCCCCUGGACUCGAUUGUUUGACUUUCAGGCCCUUUGUCGUUAAAGUACGUCUUUAUUGUUUACUAAUUUGUUAUUCAGGUUCGCGUGCUAGGUACGCCUAUUAGCACUAUCAUCACCACGGAAGAUCGUGAGUUGUUCGCUCGAAGUAUGGAAUCGAUUGGUGAAAAAUGCGCCAAGUCUGCUUCGGCCAACAAUAUUGAUGAAGCUAUGCACGUUGUGAAGGAUAUUGGUUUCCCAGUUAUCGUUCGUGCCGCAUAUGCUCUGGGAGGCCUUGGAAGUGGUUUCGCGGAUAAUGAGCAAGAGUUAAUGGAACUCUGCAACAAAGCUUUCGCCGCCAGUCCUCAGGUUUUGAUCGAGCGGAGUAUGAAAGGAUGGAAGGAAAUUGAGUACGAAGUUGUCCGAGAUUGUCGUGACAAUUGUAUCACGGUUUGUAAUAUGGAGAACUUCGAUCCUUUGGGAAUCCAUACUGGAGACUCAAUUGUUGUUGCUCCCUCACAAACAUUAUCCGAUGAGGAUUACAACAUGCUGAGGACCACAGCUGUCAACGUCAUCCGCCAUCUUGGAGUUGUUGGAGAAUGUAACAUUCAAUACGCGCUCAACCCUGACUCGAAGGAAUACUGCAUUAUUGAGGUUAAUGCUAGAUUGUCCAGAUCUUCAGCACUUGCAUCCAAGGCUACUGGAUAUCCAUUGGCCUUCAUUGCCGCGAAGCUCGGUCUUAACAUUCCUCUCAACGAGAUCAAGAACUCAGUCACUCAACAGACUUGUGCUUGUUUCGAACCAUCUUUGGAUUAUGUUGUCGUUAAGAUGCCACGUUGGGAUUUGAAGAAAUUCACUCGUGUUUCUACACAACUUGGUUCAUCGAUGAAGAGUGUUGGUGAAGUUAUGAGUAUUGGAAGAACUUUUGAAGAAGCCAUCCAGAAAGCAAUUCGUGCUAUAGAUUUCCACAAUUUGGGCUUCAGUGCAACCAAGGCUCUGAUGUCAAUCGAUGAUGAGCUUCAAACGCCUUCCGAUCAACGUCUAUUUGCCAUUGCCAAUGCUAUGCAGUCCGGCUACUCCGUGAACAAAAUUUGGGAAAUGACAAAGAUUGACAAAUGGUUCUUGAACAAGCUCAAGGGUUUGAAUGACUUCAGCAAACAUAUGUCUACCUUCACUACAAGCACCAUCUCAUAUGACCAGAUUAGACAAGCUAAACAGCUUGGAUUCUGCGACAGACAAUUGGCUAAAUUUUGGGAUUCCACAGAACUUGCUGUGAGAUUAUUGAGAACUGAUGCCGGCAUUCUCCCAGUCGUCAAGCAAAUCGAUACUGUUGCUGCUGAGUUCGAGGCUCACACCAAUUAUCUUUACAUGACCUACAAUGGAUCCGAGAGUGAUAUCUCCUUUAACGAUCACGGUGUCAUGGUCCUCGGUUCGGGAGUUUACAGAAUCGGAUCAUCUGUCGAGUUCGAUUGGUGUUCUGUUCGUGCCAUACGAACCCUUCGCGAAUCUGGGUUCAAGACUGUCAUGGUCAAUUAUAACCCGGAGACCGUAAGUACUGAUUAUGAUGAAGCUGAUAGAUUGUACUUUGAGAACAUUAACCUUGAGACAAUUCUCGAUAUCUAUGAAUUAGAGUCUUCUAGUGGUGUUCUUAUUGCUAUGGGAGGUCAAACACCAAACAACAUUGCCCUUCCACUUCAUCGACAAAACGUCAAGAUUCUUGGAACAUCGCCUGAGAUGAUUGAUACUGCCGAGAAUCGUUUCAAAUUCUCUCGUAUGCUUGAUGGUAUCCAUGUUGAUCAGCCAACAUGGAAAGAAUUGACUAGUUUCGAGGAUGCAAAGAAAUUCUGUAACAAAGUUUCUUACCCAGUCUUAGGUUCGUACUCAUUUACAAUUUCAUGUGCUUUCAGAUCCAAUCCGUUCCCGAAUCCGCAACCACUUUCCUCUUUUUCAAAUAUAUUCUCUUAAUUCUCUAAUUCAGCCUUGAUUCCUUAUUUCCUCCAAACAUUUUUGUCGUAGACAAUACUGACUUCCGGAUAUAAUACAGUACGACCGUCUUAUGUACUCUCAGGUGCAGCUAUGAACACUGUGUACUCUGAGCCAGAUCUUGAGGCUUAUCUUGCUCAAGCUGUUGAGGUUUCAAGAGAUCAUCCAGUUGUCAUCACCAAGUACAUUGAGAACGCCAAGGAAAUUGAGAUGGAUGCCGUUGCAAAGGAUGGUGUCAUGGUUGGUCACUUCAUCUCUGAGCAUGUUGAAAAUGCUGGUGUGCAUUCUGGUGAUGCUACUUUGAUUUUGCCUCCUCAAGAUCUUGAUCCUACCACCAUCAAGAGGAUUGAAGAAGCUACUCGCUUGAUUGGUAAAGCCCUCAACAUCACUGGUCCUUAUAAUAUUCAGUUCAUCGCCAAGGAUAAUGACAUCAAGGUCAUCGAAUGUAAUGUUCGAGCAUCCAGAUCAACGCCAUUUGUUUCAAAAGUCAUGGGUGUUGACCUUAUUGAGAUGGCUACCAAAGCUAUCAUGGGUGUACCAUUCAUGCCUUACCCACAAACCGAAUUACCUUCAGGCUGUGUAGGUGUGAAGGUACCUCAGUUCAGUUUCUCUCGACUUUCUGGUGCUGAUCCAGUUCUUGGUGUUGAGAUGGCUUCGACUGGAGAAGUCGCUUGUUUCGGGCGUGAUAAGUAUGAGGCUUAUAUCAAGGCAUUGAUCUCAACUGGAUUCAAGCUCCCAAAGCGUAACAUUCUUCUCUCCAUUGGUUCAUUCAAGGACAAGAAAGAAAUGCUUCCAUCGGUUGUCAAGCUUCAGAAGAUGGGAUACAAGCUCUUUGCUACAGCUGGUACCGCCGAUUUCUUGCAAGAGCAUGAUGUUCCAGUUCAAUACCUCGAAAUUCUCGGAAAGGGUGAGGAUGAUCAAAAGUCUGAAUACUCUCUGACCCAACAUCUCGCCAACAAUAUGAUCGAUCUUUAUAUCAAUCUUCCUUCUAGCAACAGAUACAGAAGGCCAGCCAACUAUAUGAGCAAGGGUUACCAAACCAGACGCAUGGCUGUUGACUACCAAACUCCUUUGGUCACCAAUGUCAAGAACGCCAAGAUCCUUAUUGAAGCCAUCGCAAGACAUUAUGAUAUGGAAAUCAGUGGAUUCGAUGCUCAAACUAGUCACAGAACUAUUGUCCUUCCUGGUUUUAUUAACAUUGCCGCUUUCGUUCCUGGCAUUACCACCCGUGGUAGCCGUGAUUUCCAAACUGUUACUAAAGCAUCCAUCGCAUCUGGUUUCAGUAUGAUUCGUGUUAUGCCACUUGGUCUUGAUGGAUCAGUUACUGAUGCUAGAGCAUUAAAGGCAGCACAGCUUAACAGCAAGCUUGGUUCAUCUUGCGACUACAAUUUCUCCGUUGCCGCAACUUCUUCCAACGCUGAUCAAAUUAGUCAAGUUACUGGUGAAGUUGGUUCCCUCUUCAUCCCAUUCAACCAUUUGUCCGAUAAUAUCAGCAAGGUACCUGCUGUUACUGCUCAUUUUGAAUCAUGGCCAUCUUUCAAGCCAAUCAUUACCGACGCAAAGAUGACCGACCUUGCAUCCAUUCUUCUCCUUGCAAGUCUCCAUAGCAGAAAAAUUCACAUCACCAACGUCACUACUAAGGAUGAUAUUGGAUUGAUUGCAUUAGCUAAGGAGAAGGGUCUUCAAGUCACUUGUGAUGUUGCCGUUUACGCUCUUUUCUUCAGCCAGGAUGAGUUCUCUGGAGCUUCUUUCCUUCCAACUGCUAGAGAUCAAAAGGCAUUGUGGGAACACAUGCACAUUAUUGAUGUCUUUUCGAUUGGUAGCAUACCAUAUCAAUUAGCAACUUUUGCCAAGGCAGAGGCAAACGCGGCUGUUGGUAUUGCUGAUACUUUACCUCUAUUGUUUUCAGCCGUUGCAGAUGGUAAAAUCACAGUCGAUGACAUCAAGGCUCGUCUUCAUGAUAAUCCCAAGGAGAUUUUCGAAAUUCAUGAUCAAGUUGGAGCUUCUGUAGAGAUUGAAAUUGAUCGACCAUACACUUUCAAGCCUGGAGCAGUUUGGUCCCCACUUGUUGGAAAGGUUGCAAGAGGAGCUGUUCAAAGAGUCAUCUUCCAGGAUAAGACUGCUUGUCUAGAUGGUCUACCAACUCAAGAUGCUGUUGAUGGGAAAGAUAUGUCAUCGCAUCUUAUUGAUUUACAUACCACAGUACCACAGUCACCAUCCGUCAAGGCUCAUCCUGGAUCUCCAGGCUUCGGCCCUAGACCUGAUAGUUCUCAUGGUUUGAGAAAGUUUUCCAGUACCCCAUCCUCAGCCAUGCGUCCCCCAACUCGUUCAAGGUUCUUGGAUGGUGUUGUCAAUCAAGCACAACAGCUUCGUUCUCCAGUUCAUGAGGAUAUGGGAUCUCCAUUGUAUCCUCAGCCGACCAUGGCACCGUCUCUACAAACUCUCCUCGGUCAAUCACCAUUCAAGAACCAACACGUUCUUUCGGUCAAUCAAUUCUCCCGUCAAGAUCUUCAUCUACUUUUCUCUGUCGCUCAAGAAAUGAGAUUAGGUGUUCAGCGUGAAGGUGUUCUUUCUAUUCUUAAAGGACGUCUACUUUGCACCAUGUUUUAUGAACCAUCUACUCGUACAUCUGCAUCAUUUGAUGCUGCCAUGCAACGAUUGGGAGGACGAACAGUCGCAAUUGCUACUUCUCACUCUUCCACUGUUAAGGGUGAAUCUCUAGCAGAUUCCAUUCGUACUCUUGGUUGUUAUGGAGAUGCUAUAGUUCUCCGUCACCCUGAGGAGAGUAGUGCUGCAACAGCUGCCAAGUUUUCACCUGUGCCAAUCAUCAACGGAGGUAACGGAAGCAAGGAACAUCCUACUCAAGCAUUCUUAGAUUUGUUCACAAUCCGAGAAGAACUGGGUACGGUCGGAGGUCUUACCAUCACAUUUACAGGUGAUCUUCGAUAUGGUCGCACCGUUCACUCUCUCGUCAAGCUUCUUCAACACUAUGAUGUUCACAUUCAACUUGUUUCCCCGCAAGCUUUAACCCUUCCACAGGAUAUCUUGGCACUUAUCAAAUCCAAGCCUGGUCAAUUACUUUCAGUCUCUACUGAAUUGACUCCUGAGAUUAUUGCUCGAUCAGAUGUUCUUUACUGUACUCGUGUACAAAAGGAACGAUUUGCAGAUUUGGAGGAAUAUGAAAGAUUGAAGGAUAGUUUCAUCAUUGAUAACAAGACAUUGAGAAAUGCUAAGAGUUCAAUGGUUGUUAUGCAUCCAUUACCAAGAAAUGCUGAGAUUAGAGAGGAAGUGGAUUUCGAUCAAAGAGCUGCAUACUUUAGACAGGUACGUUACCCUUUUCCUUAAUGAUUCAAUCCUUACUAAUUAUUUUUUAGAUGAGAUAUGGCCUUUACUGUCGCAUGGCAUUGUUGGCCUUGGUAUUAGCACCAUAGAUUUGAUCUCAUAUAUCUUUUAUGAUCAGGAUUAAAGACAUGGCAUGGCGUUGCACACGAAUGGAAGGGAGGGAAAAGUCGAUUUUUAUUUUUUUGGUUAUGAUAUGAGUAAAUGCAUUAGAUACGCGUAGACACUCUUUUAUGAUUUGUAGAAAUGGUCUCUUUUUAUGAUUUUGAUGUAUAUUUAUUGGAGUGAUGGGUAUAUUUUACGUAUACGUAUACGUAUAUGUAUCUUCAUACGUAUACGUGUAUUUAUUUAUUGGGAUGGGUUAUGUAUAUAAUGUAUAUGUUAGAUGUAUUGGAUGUAUAGUAUGUGUAUUGUAUAUAUGUACAUGUAGUUUAGGUAUUUAUGUAUGAGUAUUUAGUU